GCGGCGGGCGCCACGUCCGCAGCCAGAGGCCAGCGCCGCCGUCAACGGAGUCUUUGGCUGCACCGCUUGAGGAGGCGCCUCCGGAACCCGCAACCGCCCGAGGCUGUGCCUGCCGCACUAGCCGCCUCGGCUCUUCUUGGUUCUGCCCGCUCCCUCCGCCGGCCCCGGCCCAGGCGGCGGCCCCGACCCCGGCGAUCAUGAAUCAGGCAGAUAAAAAUCAACAAGAAAUCCCAUCAUACCUUAGUGAUGAACCACCAGAAGGAUCAAUGAAAGAUCACCCACAGCAGCAACCAGGCAUGUUGUCCCGUGUGACUGGCGGUAUUUUCAGUGUUACAAAAGGAGCUGUUGGUGCCACCAUUGGUGGCGUGGCUUGGAUUGGUGGAAAGAGUCUGGAGGUGACCAAAACAGCUGUUACAACUGUGCCUUCCAUGGGAAUAGGGCUGGUGAAAGGGGGCGUGUCUGCUGUGGCUGGAGGUGUUACAGCUGUUGGGUCUGCUGUUGUAAACAAAGUGCCCUUAACAGGAAAGAAGAAAGACAAAUCUGACUAAAACAUGGAGAUACAUUUGCUCUCUACAGCAUUAUGAUGCCAGUGGCAUUGAAUUGCUAAAUUAUGGACUACAACUAAGUCAACUGUUUUGGACGUUUAUCUUCUUAAACUGCUGUGUUGAAAGUAUUGAUGACUGGCUUUCGUCUAAAGAGAAGAGACCAAUACUAGCACAGUGUAUGAAAGUUUCUCAUACUUAAAUUCCAGCUUUUUAUCUGGUAAAAUGUUACACUUAUCAGCUGUAACUGAAGAUAUAUUUGAGUAUUUACUAUAAGUCUUUUAGUUUAACUAAAAAUGUGAAAGUUGAAUUUAGUGGAUGAUCUUUACAAUUCCAUAUGUAUAAUGUGCCAGGUAACACAUCUGUCCCUUAAAAAGGGAACCUUGAACUACAUAAACUGUAAUUUUGAUGUGCCUACUAGUUUCAGAUGUCUUAGUUUUUUUAUAAUGAUAGUUGAUUAGGCCAAGAGGCAUUCUUUUCUUAUUUAAGCUGGUAAAAGUAGCAAGAUUUAGAGAAAUUUAAAAGAAAAGAUAAAUGGUUUUAUGAUCCCGAGUGUUAACCAUCUUUUGUUAGAUAUACAUUAUAUUUAUUUCAUCAUCGAUGCCUUACAAAAGAAAACAUCUUUUCUAACACCCUAAUUGUGCAGUUCUUAGAAUUAUAUACGGAUUCUCUUAAAAGUUGUUUGUAUGAGAUCAGUUUUCCCUCUUUAAGAAUCUCAGGAGUCGUGGUGUAAAGGAAUUUCUUGCUCUUAGCAGAUUAAAUAGUGGUUAACUUUUUGUUAUCUGUCUGUAGUUACGACCAGACAAUAUGUUUCAACCUGGGUUCAUGCUCCAUCGUCAGUACGCCUCACAGUGCCUAAGGGACAUGUCUUUGCUAGUCAGAAGCUUUGUUGGAAGAGUUUCAGAUUAAGGAUGGACAAAAUUUUCAGUUUUUAAAAAUUACCUAGAACAUCCCAGAUAUAAAAAGAAUACUUCACAUUUAUUUUACAUCUAGGAUGGCUUAAAUUAUAAGCAGGUCUUUUUAAAAACAUGGUAAAAAGAGCCACAAAUAUGUGAGAGCUGCCUUUUAAAUGGAAUGAAAUGAGCUCCAUGGAUUAGUUUUGAAUGUAAAAUAUAUUAAGUGCUUUCAAUGGUUUAUAGGCUUUUAAAAUGUUAUCUCACCAUCCUUUAAAGCAGCUGUAGACUUUAUAUCGUUUUUGAAGUCAAAUUCAGGCAGGGAAUUGAAGUUUUUGAUUGUGGAUGAUAAGUGUGUCAUGUCUUAACAUAUCUCAUCAUGUCUCAUUCAUUUUCAAAGAAUAUGACUUAGCUGAAAUUCAUCUUUUUGUUUCUUGUUUCAUAAAAAAUUUAAAAGUGGC